UUCUUUGAGACUGAAGAGGAUCUAGGAAGCGGGAACGCUCUGCCUUGGUUCUGUCUUCAGGGAGCCGAGAAAAGCGAAGAACUUGUGGACAACGAUGACAAAAGCGACAAUUGUUGUAUUUGCAAUUAGACCAUACAUGAUUAAUAUAAUGAACAAGAAAGGCUAGGCCAUUUUGAUGCGAAGCGAAAUGAGAACAAACAAGCUAUCUCUCUCACCUCUCACUAGCAGCAAUGAUAAUCAAAUGCUAACCAAUUCUCAAGGAAGCAGAUUCGAUAAUAGUGUUUCGCAGGCUGCUGGAGAGGAAGGACCCAACAAGCUUAAUCCCCCUACUAACUGCGAGAGGGAUUUCGAUGCUGUCCGGGAAUCUAUGCACUCCGCUAUAUCUUUGAACAAAGCUGAGGUUCUGGAUUUUGUGCUUAAUGAUUUCUCCGAGGGUUAUCUUAGCCUUUCCUUUGAAAAUCGCCGGAAAUUAUUGAUCAUGCUCGCUCAAGUUUAUGAUCUCAAUAGGACACAAGUUCGUGAUCUCAUUAAGCAAUAUCUUGGACUUGAACUUCCUGGCAGUAAUGCAAGUGAAUCUAGUACUGUUGAUGAGGAAGCUAUGCUUUCUUCUUUCUAUCGCCUUGAACGGAACUUGAGACAAGUUCUUAAGCCAGCAUAUGAACUCCUUUUUGAACGACUUAACAACCACCAUGGGGGAUUGAGGUUCCUGUCCAUUCUUCGGGCUGACAUUUUAUCUAUUCUCGAAGAGGAAAAUAUUGGAUCUUUGCAAGUGCUAGAUUCCUGCUUAAAGGAAAAACUUAAUACAUGGCUUAGUCCUGCUGCAUUGGAGCUUCACCAGAUUACAUGGGAUGAUCCUGCUUCAUUGCUGGAGAAAAUUGUGGCUUAUGAGGCUGUACAUCCAAUCAGCAAUCUUUUAGAUCUUAAAAGAAGGUUGGGUGUUGGUCGUCUUUGUUUCGGAUAUUUACAUCCAGCAAUACCUGGUGAGCCCCUUAUUUUCAUGGAAGUUGCCCUUCUAAAGAAUGUGGCUCAAGCAAUACAUGAAGUUUUAUGGGAUGCUCCUCCCAUAGUUGAAUCUGAGGCCACAUGUGCAUUAUUUUGUUCUAUAUCAUCAACUCAGCCUGGCUUGGCAGGGAUCAACCUGGGAAAGUUUCUUAUCAAGCGUGUUAUUACUCUGGUGAAAAAAGAAAUGCCCCAUAUAUCUACAUUUGCAACAAUAAGCUCAGUUCCCGGAUACAUGCAAUGGCUGCUAUCUAGGUUGGCAUCUCAGUCAAUCCUUGCUGAAGUGGAGAACAUGUCACAAUCGUCUUCAAAAGGAUCUGUUUCCACUUUUAGGGAAAACUUACUCGAACCAGAUGAAGAAAGAUUACUUAUGAAUUGUUCUCAGAAGGCUUUUCCUGGAAAAAAUGGCAUGGAUGUCAUGUUGAAUUUACUAACAUCAACUAAAUAUGAGUGGACCAGUUCAGCUGAAUUGCUUUCAGCAUUAAAGCCUCCUCUAGUGCGACUGUGUGCCAGGUACCUUCUUGAAGAGAAAAAGAGAGGAAAAGCUCUAGAUUCUGUUGCAAAUUUUCACUUGCAAAAUGGAGCAAUGAUAGAAAGAAUAAACUGGAUGGCAGACCAAUCUGACAAAGGUCUUCGUCAAAGUGGAGGUAUUAUGGUGAACUAUGUUUACAGGGUUGAGAAAAUUGAUGAAUAUGCUCAGUCAUAUUUCAGCACAGGACAUAUACAUGCCUCAAAUGACAUCCGUCGGAGUAUUAUGCCAUGGAAGGAACAUGAAGUGACAACAAUUUAGGCUUGCAGGCAAAUCUCUCUAGUAAAUAAUUUUUUUUCUGUUCAGGCAGAACUUUCACAUGUAAUUGUUAAGUCACAUAUUAACUAGUAUCAUAUCAAACUGGGAAAGAAC